ACCGAACGUGUAAAAAACUCUUAACGUUCGCAUAAAAAAGUUACCGUAAAGCGGAAGGCUACACCCAAACUGCCGUGAGGCUCUGCUAUGAUGUGAAUAUUUUACUAAUAUUUUUAUUAUUCUCUCGUGCGAAGAGCCGUCGGUUCCUCUCCGCGAGUGUCUAUUUUAAAUACUUAAAAGUACCGUUAUACUUUUCUUUGACCCUACAUUUAGUAUGGGAAAAGUAGUGUAAAGCGAUACGAAAGCCUGUUCAAGUGUGCUCUCCAAUUUCAGCUGCGCUUUUAAAAUAGAGUGAUACUCGCGGAGAGUGUUUUCAUGCUGAUUUUGGUGGCUACUUCAUCCUAACUGCAUGACGAUUGAGCAACUUCCAAAUGAAAAAAAAACUUCAUCGAGGAUUAAAUAAAGAUGAACCUCUCCCGUCAGCCAGAUAAUUUAUUUUUUAGUACUCCGUUUUGGCUACCACCGAACGUGACCUGGGACUUUUUUGAACGAUUCGAUACAGGAGAUGGCUUUCAAUUCCCGAGCGUCAAAGAUCUGUACGCCGCCUGGAAGUUAGUUCCUCUGUUUUUAAUCGCAAAAUAUGGGGUGGAAAAAUACGUUGGUCCAAAGGUUGGCGCAUGGGCUGGGAUACAAGACGAAGAGCGUAAAAAACCGCCACAUGUGGACUUGCUAGAAAAAGCCCAUCGGUCCAAGCCUUGGGGGAAAUGGAGCGACAAUGAAAUAUCAGCGCUUACGAAACAACUUGACUGGACCGAGGAACAAAUUAGAGAAUGGUUCAAAGCCAGAAGAAAAUUUGCAUUGCCUACGACUUUAGAGAAAUUCAGUGAAAGUUUUUGGCGUUGUUUCGGCUUCAUAUUCAUUCUUGCGUAUGGUUUAUACGUUCACUGGUCUAAAGAUUGGUUUUGGGACAUCAAACUUGCCUUCAAAGAUUACCCCCAGCCGGUUACAAGGGACAUGUAUUGGUACUUCCUCAUAUCACUGGCGAAUUACUCCGCGUGGAAUAUCUCACAAUUCUGGGAUGUGCCGAGGAAGGACCCGAAGCUCUUAAUGCUCCAUCAUUUUGCAGCGGUGUUCCUGUUGUCAGCAUCAUGGAUAGCUGGCGCACAUAGAAUCGGCCUCUACACAUUAUUAAUUCAUGAUGUCGGUGAUGUAUUGGUGGAGGGAAGCAAGUCGUUAAAAUAUAUCGAUGCGUUAAAGGUUGAUCAACCCUCUCUUUAUUUCUUUUCACUCUUCUCCACUUCCCUAUGGGUCUUCACAAGGAAUUUUAUUCUUCCAUUACGCAUCAUACCAUGUGUUUACUAUCAUGCACCAUUUUCCAUACCUGAAACAUUUCCUCUCUCGUGCUUGCAUGGGCCGUGUGACAUCAGCUCCUUCAGGUUUACUAUGUGCCACAUCAUUUUGAUCAUACUGGGAGGCAUGAGCACCCUGCAUCUUUAUUGGACCUACAUCAUCUUGAAGAUCAGUUAUACAGCAUUUUUUGCAGGAAAAUUGAAAGAUGACACACACACGAUGUCGGAUGAUGACGAAGAUGACUCGGCAAAGAAAAUCACUCCUAAAGAAGAGAGCUGGUCCGUCAGAACUAACGGCUGAAUGAAUUACGUCAUUUGAUGCAGAUUUUUUUUCCUUGGAUUGGAACCGGAGGACUGGAAAAAAAACCAAACAUCAGGCUACUGUAUUAUUUAUAUCAUGGAAUGUUUAUCGUAAGCUUUACUCCCACCCCUCAUGUAACCGCUUUCUUUAGAGGAUUGUUCAUUUUCUUUCCUAUGUUCUGAAAAAAAUGGCGCCAGAGUGCAUUUCUUUUUAAAGCGAUGAUGUGAAGGAUCAAGCACGAUCUCUAAUUUUGAUGCCGAAAGCAGUGGUAAGGCGUGAAAAAUCUAUUAUCGAUAUUCCCUAAUUUGAAGCUGCGGUAAAGAAUCGAUUAUUAAGAUGUUCGUUGCGAACAUCCUGUUUAUCAAUCCAUUUCCAUGAGUUCAAAUGGCCGAUCAGUUCAUAUAUUGCAAAGUACGUCACGCCAUUCACUUAUAGGUUUUAUGAAAGUGUAAGUUGAAGGGUGCCUCUCCAGCAAUCGGGUAAAGUUUAUAGCGGCAAGUAUGACACUUAGUAAAUUAAAAAAAAAAAAAAAAAAAAAAAAAAAAAAAAAAAAAAANAAAAAAAAAACGAAGUAAUAGAAUAGAAUUGAAUGCUGGACUGUUUUCUUGAUAAUAAGCAUUCGAGAAUACAUUUUGUUUGAUGCACCAGGCAUGAGGUCUACCGCAGAACCGCAGCCUGACGACCAAAAUCUCUAAACUUUAGAUUUUUCAAUGAAGCUUGUUAAAGCGGGUCACAUAUAGUUAUUCCAAUUUUCCUUUACUUGUAAAAAUGCAAGCUAAGCAUGGACCCAUUCAUUUCUAUUUGUCCCCAGAAAGUGUGCACUAAUAUUUUCAUUUUAGUAACGUUUUUAGUAAAACUGGAAAAAAUGUAAUGCCCUAUUUAUUUCCUCGUAUGUUGUAUAUAUUUGUAAAGAUAAAUCGUCAAAAA